AUGUCGUCCUCACAGCCGCGCUCCGGAGAGCGCAUGAUACAUCAAGAUUAUAUAGCCAGAAUACGCUAUUCAAAUGCCUUGCCGCCGCCACCAAAUCCUCCCAAGCUCCUCGACAUUCCCAACACCGGCCUCGCCAGCGGCCAGUAUACUAUGCCGGCCUUUGCAUCGCGCCUGGCGCGCGAGCAACCGCUAAACAUCGAGGCUGAUGCGGAGUUGGGUAUGCCGCUUGAUCUUGUUGGCAUGCCAGGUGUAUUCGAUGGCGACGAAAGCUCCAUUCAAGCACCGGCUCAGGCCCCUCCCGUCCAUCCCCACGAUCGUCCUCUUCUGCGUCCUCUGUCGACCCUCGGCAAGCCUAAGUUGGCCGAGACUGCUGUCUCAUUCCUGCGCCGCACCGAAUAUAUCUCCUCAGUGACGCCGAACCGCGCGCCGCGUCCGCCGGCCGAUCACGUCUUCUUGAAGCCGUCCUCAGGCAAUGCUCUCAAGCGUCCUGAAAAGCGCAAAGCCUCUCCUGAGCCUGACAAGGGCACUCCUGCAUGGAUCAAACGUCGUAUUGAAAAGAGCUUCGAAAUUGCGGCCGCCAAUUUGGCCGACCGCGCUUGGGUUAAGCACCCUUCGAAGCGCAAUGUGCGCCUCGUCGAUGCCUUCCCCGUACUGCCCGAUUUGGAGGCCUUCCCUGAUUCUGGCGCCUACGUGACAGUUAAAUUCCAGACCAACCCCGUCGCUGCAAGCGAUACCUACGACACCCGUCUCCUAGCAGGCAUCUUCAAACCGAUCGAGCGUACCGCCGCUGAGGAACAACUCUAUGAAGCCGCCCGACAGGCCUGGGAGCGCGACCCGACACUACCCAAGCCUUCGCAAAUGAUGAACUACGACCUCUUCCUGCCAGCGGACACCCGCACCGCCGAGAACUUCGUCGCACGUUUCGACGUGGACAACCCCUCGCGAGACGACGAUUCUCUCUACACAGAUGGGCACGCGUCCCACUUCCGAUUCCCCCGCCUGCGCGCCUACGAGACGGCGCAAGAGAAAGAGAUGGAUCACGACAAUAAGUACGCAGAGGAAGUCAUCCUCGCAUUCCGCGACGACGAGUCUGGUCCGCCCAAGAACCGCAGCGACGACUCGGCGCAAAAGGCCGUCUACUACUACCCUGUUAUGCAGCGCACCACGAUACGCAAGGAGGAGGCCCACCUUGAUGAGCUGCACGUCAAGGUCGAUGAUCCUAGCCCUGAGCUGCGCGCCGAACUGGAGAGGUAUAAGGCGCAGCCGGUGGGUGAUCUGCCCGAUGACGAGGACGAGCAGCAGGAGGGUGGCGAGCAAGAUGGCGAAGGUGAGGAGGAACAUGAGCAGGACGAGAGGAGAGGCAGUGAGGGCGGUAGUCCUGAGGGCAUAAAUGGUGGUGCUGAUGAUGAGGAGGGGGAUGCUGAGGGCGAGGAGGACGAGUAA